AUGGCGUCGUCUACCAUGGCGCCCAGCAGCGCGGCCGGAUCUUCUGGAUCACCACCACCACCACCAUCAGCCACGACGACAGCGCCGCGCAACAUCAUCGGUCCCCUGACGAGCGUCUACGUGCCGAACCUAAACUGCAACUCGUGCACCUUUACGGGCACCGGGUCGCAGCCGCUCAACAACGACGCCACGGCGUACUGGGAAAACUGCGGCGUAUACUUCCAGGACACGCUGUGCAGGGGCCGGACGCCGCUGCCGUGCAUGCCCCACGUCACGGCCUACAGCGACAUUGCGGGCGCGAGCUUCUUCUACUCGCCGGGCUUACACUGCCCGCGCAGCUGGCGCACCGUCGCGAUGGUGUCUGCCGCGGACCGCAAGCCCGACACGACGUUCCUGUCGCGCAUCUCGCUCGACACGCUGCUGCCCGACGAGACGGUGGCGAUAUGCUGCUACAGCGACUUGGAGUACUUCUCCAACGGCCACGGCGCCGAGUGCGUCAAGACAAUCACCAGCACGUCAUUUGAGUACAACGUGUGCACCACCGACGAGCUCGGCACGCGCACCGUCCCAAAGACCGUCACCGACAUCGGUCACUCCAUCCCUUACACGUACCGACAGAACACCAACAAGACCAUCACGGCGCUCUUCUCCCACAUUUUCAUGUACGGUCCGACGAUACAGCUCAACUGGCGGCCUCAGGACCGCCUCGCGCUUGACAGUCGCAGCAUCAGCAGCAGCAGCAGUGACCGCUCCACGACGAGCAGCGUCGGACCGACGGAUAGUGGCGGUAAUAGUAGCACUCCUAGUGGCGGCAGCGAGAACGUUCGGCCGCCUCUCAGCCAAGCCGCCGUGGCAGGCAUCGCUUGCGGCGCGGCCCUAUUCGUCAUCGGCGCAGGGCUCCUCUUCUUCACCCUGUGGUUUCGUCGGCGCAAGAGGAGGAGGCAGAGGGAGGGUAUCGGUAGCAGCAACGAGAAGCCGCCCCUGACGCCCGGCGGCGGCGGCGGGUUCCAAAAGGCCGAGCUGCCCAGCACCUCCGGCAUGGACGCCGGGCGCGACCGCUUCCACAAGCCGGAACUCGAGGCGCCAAACCGCUUCGAGAUGGACGGCGCCGGCGCCGGCGCGGGGCUGUUUGAGCUGUACGGCGACGAGGAGUUUAUCCCCGGCGAACUGCCGGCGCCGGCGCCGGCGACCAAAGGCGGAGGAGCGGUCGCCGCGCCAAGUCCGGUCGGCCCGCCGCCGCAAUCACGGCCAGGACGUUCCCGCCCCGCCACCGCCACCGUCCGCCGUGCUGGGAAUAACAACAACCACCCCAAUACCAAUACGAACAAAAACAGCACCAGCACCGACAUCGACACCCACCCGUCCCCCGCGCGCGACCACCCCGUAGCAGCACCCGCGGCAGCACCCGCGGCGGCCGCAAGGCCAACGCUCGUGCACGUCCAGCGCAAGGCCGUCAACCCCCCCGCGAGAGGCACGGCCCUGCGCGCGCACCCACCCAGCUCCGAGGCCCCACGCCGCGCCGCCGCCGCCGGCGUCGCCCGGGGCGGCAGUCCUGACUAUCGGCCGAGCAUAGAAGGCGGGUGGAUAUAAUUACAUCGUUGGGCAAUUUUCAGGGGUGAUUCUUUUUUUGGGUUGGAAGGGGGGAUGCGCCCUUGAUUUGGUUUAGUUACUUUUGCAUUGCCUCUGGAGUUUUAUGCGUCUUUUUCAUUCCGGCGGCGGGGGCAGCGUUGUCCUUUAGACUUGCUACUCAUAGUAGUGGCAAAUAACAUACCUACCUAUCGCAUGGUAGUGGAUAAAAAGGGGGGACGGGGGGAAGGGAGGUUGCUUGGCUACAUGCGUAAUGGCGGGAACCGGGCCGACGCGACGCGCUGCCAAGUUCAAGCUGGCAACUACAGCAUAUGCGUAUGCGGAAGGAGUAUGGACGACUUAUGUUGUACGAUUUGUCUGGC